UUGCUAUUGAGCAUGCAUUUCUGUGCACACCUCCGUUCUUCUAGCCAACAGUAAUAGUUUUUACUGAGAGUACACUGGACAGGACUCAACUGUUACGCAGACAGGAUAUGUAGCCUAUGUUGUUGCAGCCGCAACCUUCCUUCAGCCUGAAUGAGGUAUUUCCACAUUAAAUACGGCCACUGGGAUCCGAUCGACUGAGGAGGAAGAACGAAAGGAAGAGAGGUGACAGCCAACAGGCAUCUGAAGGUCGUUCUGUCAUCGGAUCAAUAGCCCCAGGGACAUGGCCAGGAGAGGGGUGGACACCAGAGGCAGAUGAGUCCAGGAUCUAGUCACCUGCAUGGCCCCGUGGAUCUGCAGCGUAGUGAGGGUUUACCAGAGCUAAGUCUCAGACUUGCCUACUUUUGACCAGGAUGACCAAUAGGCCGGUCCGCUCUGUGUCAGGGUGCACCACCACUGCCAACUACUGGGCUAUUAUACGGGAUCAGUGAAGCUAUCACGAUAAGUGUCAAUCAGCCAGACCAAACUUCGUCCCUGACUCCAUCCACCCCCAACAGGAGAAUGCCCUCUGAGCCUCCUCUCGGUUCCCAGGAGCUGCUGACAGGCCAGAGGCUCUGUCAGUCCAAGUCGCACCAGGACUCCGUCCUCUCCGCCCUCAACCAGCAGCGCAAGGAUGGCCUCCUCUGUGACGUCACACUGGUUGCCGGGGAGCAGAAGUUCCAUGCCCACAAGGCGGUGCUGGCAGCGUGCAGCGAUUACUUUAGAGCCAUGUUCAGCUUGUGUAUGAUGGAAAGUGAGGCGGACGAGGUCAACUUGCAGGGGGUGACUUGUGUGGGACUGAAGCACGCCCUUGACUUCGCUUACACAGGACAGAUUGUGCUAGAGCCGGGGGUGAUUCAGGAUGUGUUAUCUGCUGGGAGCCAUCUGCAGCUGCUGGAGCUGCUCAGCUUGUGUUCCCACUACCUCAUACAGGAGCUGAGCAUUCUGAACUACCUGGACCUGUACAGGCUGGCCGACCUGUUCCACCUGCCAGCGCUGGAAGAGGCGGUAGUGGGCUUCCUGGUGGAGCACCUGGCUGAGCUGCAGCACUCCCACCAGGAGGAGGUGCUGUUGCUCCCCUACCGCCUCCUCAAGGAGGCGCUCAAGAGUGACCGCCUCACCUCACUCAGCGAGGAGGAGAUCUGGCAGAGAGUUGUGGCGGGCGGCGAGGUGGAGCAGAGCAACGGGCGCACGUGUGCGGUGCGGAGCGCCUGCCGCUACGACCCGCGCGCUGACCAUUGGACGGACAUCGCGCCCAUGAAGGCGUGCCGGGAGCACUUCGUCCUUGCCGCGCUCGACAGUUUCCUCUUCGCCGUGGGCGGACGCAAUGAGCUCAGGCAGGUGCUGCCAUCCGUCGAGCGCUACUGCCCCAAGAAGAACAAGUGGACGUUCGUCCAGCCAUUCGACCGCUCGCUGUCUUGCCAUGCCGGGUGUGUGGCGGAUGGGCUACUCUGGUUCUCAGGCGGAGUAACAAACACAGCCCAGUAUCAGAACAGAUUGAUGGUGUACGACCCUCUUCAGGACCAGUGGUUGGCACGUAGCCCCAUGCUGCAGCGGCGUGUGUACCAUGUGAUGGCCGCCGUGAGGAGGCAGCUCUACGUACUGGGCGGCAACGACCUGGACUAUAACAACGACCGCAUCCUGGUGCGAAACAUCGACUGCUACCACAUAGACGCCGACCAGUGGACGCGCUGUUCCUUUAGCUUGCUUACAGGCCAGAACGAGGCAGGGGUAGCAGUCCACGAGGACAGGAUAUACGUGGUUGGAGGCUACUCCAUAUGGACUAAUGAACCGUUAGCCUGCAUUCAGGUGCUGGAUGUGAGCACCGAGGGGGCGGAGGAGGUGUUCUACGGUCCCAGUCUGCCCUUCGCCUCCAACGGGAUCGCCACCUGCUUCUUACCUGCGCCCCACUUCUCCUGCCCCAACCUACAGACUCUACAGGUUCCUCAUCACAGGAUAGGAACGCUUUAACACACACACACACACACACACACACACACACACACAAAUCAGAUGCUCUAUGAAGAACUAUAAACAUCUCCUACUGCCUCAAUACACCGAGAUGCAAAUAAAACCAACACAAACCCACUUCCUGAGCCCAGAGCCUAUGCGAAGGCUGCUGGCGCGACGGCCCUUCGGCAACAUGUCUUAGUAAUUCAACCAUGUGGGUCCAGCUUGUACGCGCUUUGCUUUCUGGAGAGAGAAGACACAAGGCUGGACCCUGGAUCUCUGUGGAGGAACGCCAGAGAUGGAAAUCAGAGAUUACUGUGUCAAAACACCAGAAGCAGUCAGUCAAGCCCCUUCAUGACUAAUGCACUAUUUGAGAUUAUACCAGCUGUCUCCCGAUGAAACCAUGUGUAUGUACUACUAACAGUGCCUGUUUCAUUGCAACCACACUAGUGUAGUUCAGUGUCUCAGUGUCUUCUACAGAGUGGCUAAGAAUAGUUACAUAUUGAUUGAUAUGUUAUAUUUGCAUAUACCAUGAAUAAGUACUGAGUAUGGCUGUGUUAUACAAUGAUAAUUAGUGUGCUAGAUUGUAAUUAAUGGUUAUGAGUUACAAUGUACGGAGGGCACAGUGGUAUGAAGUGUUAUUUGACAAGCAUUUCUGAACAGUGCACAGAUAAACAGGUAGAUUGCCCAGACAACCCCAGUGAGAAGAAUUUUAAGACUGCAGAUCUUGUAGCAAGGGCUUUUUUGUGAGCUGCUGGUGUGUGUAUCCAGUGUCACGCUUGUGUGUGUGUGUGAGCGGUGUUGCCAUUCUCACCGUAUCUCUCAGCGCCCUAGCAUCUUCUGACACAACAGAGGGCUUUUGUGAUGUCCUCCCGGGCACCCUGGCUCUCGGCAUCUUUACCGUUCAGAUCUCUGGGCAGUUUCAGCCGUCGUCCCAGCAUGUCCAGAGGCACCGUGACCAAGGCUCUCCCGUAUGCUUUUUUUUGCCUGAGCCCCCCCCCCCCCCCCCCCCCCCGCGUGCCCACGCCCGCCUGCCCACCCUCUUGGUCUCCUCUUCUUCUUGGAGUGAUCAGGCAAAACUAUUUGAAUACCAUCAACCCCCCGCCACACACACACACACACACACACACACACACACACACACACAAGAGAGACAAGGCAUGUGCUGAUGGUAAUGAGCAGGAGAUUACAGUCCAGCUGAGGAAAGGCAAAAAGAGAAGAAAAAACCCACAGGACUGAGCCACUGCGGAGCUCUUACUACACUGGACACCCUCCCCCAAGCCUCUUUUUCUCUUGGGACUGCAUAAGGACCAGACAUUACUGAGCUUCUCUAGUCAUUCCAACCCUCCUCUGGCUGCAUGUACUGUGUGUGGCAGAGUCCACUCUUCACUGAAGAGGAGGCGCUUUUGUAAUAAUAAUUAUUAUAACAAUAAUACCUGUUCUCAGGAUUUAAGGCUGUCUAUCAGUUCUUUAUGAAUGUGUCUAACAAGCAACUACUUUACUAACUCUUUACUCAAACUCUCUCCACCUCAAGUGACAUGAGCUUGCCACUGAAGAUGCCAUAUGCUGUCAAUGUCCAGUGACAUGACUGUCAUGUUACUGUUUUUUUGUGGUUGCCAAGACAACCUGUGUCUUGUCUGUAUGACAGCGCCCUCAACCUCAUUUUUCAGAACGCUUCAGUCAAGUGUUUAUUGUUGCGAUGUUACCAAAACCGUCUGCCAGCACAUCUUUUUGGAACGUUGCUAAUUAACUAGCUAAACCAUCAUGUCAGUGUUAUGACAGAGGGGACCAGUGAAGUGGUUCCCAAUGGCCACAUAAUAUAGCAAUCUUUACAUUUAUCAACAGAAGUCUUUGAACAACUCUGAGAGAUUAUAUUAUGCCAUCUUCAAGUUGUCCCGUUGUCUUAAAAUACAAAUGACCAUUCAUGCUUCCCGUGUUAAGGUGAUUACAAUACAUUUUUAUAGAUAUACAUAACAUCAAUAAAGCACGGCAGUGAAGCAA